UUUGUUUCGUAAAAUUUUAUCAACAAAUAUUUUUUACUUUUCAGAUAAGAUGGUAUCGUGGAACCACAAGGAGCUGGUGACACUCCUGAGUAUCCUGGAGCCUGACAUGGUGGAAAAGCACUCCUUGGAGAAUUUAUGCAAUCGUCUUCAUCAAGCAUUCAAUAAGCAGGAACAUUUUAAGGUUGGAACGGCCCUGGUGACCCUGCUGCAGCACUCUGACCUACUUCCUAAACCAGCACAGAAACUUGCUGCAAUCACAUUUCUCUUUGAUAUGUAUAAGACGGAACCAGUUUCUAUUAAUCCUUUUGCUCCAGUAUUUAUUCAUCUACUCAAUACUGCAGACAGUUUUGAUGCAGGAGAUGCAAGGUAUAGACAGCUACCUGCCUUGAAACCCUCCGAACGACAGUUUUUGACCCAGCUUGUUGCUGGGCAAGGGAAGGAUUUUCUUAAGAAAAGCCCAGGAACUAUCUGUAAAGCAGACACGGUCUCCGUUCCACAGGUUGAUCUGACCGGCGUCCAACUAUCUUUAGCAGAGCGACAAUCAGAGCUCCCGCACACAGCCCGGUCAGCGGUCUCAGGGGUUAUACCUGACCCUAAAAUUCAGGAUCCGGACUGCCUUGAGUUAGCUGCGCUUCAGAAAAGAACUAUUGAAGAGUUAUUAAUCGGACAGGAUCCUCCAGCAAACAAAACUAUUAAACCAGAGUUUCUGAGGCUAGCUCCACCUCUUUUUCUCAGGGAGCAUGAGAUGAUAUGGCAGGAUCCUGUAGAUUACGGAUAUAUAACAUAUGAAUACGACAUCACAAUGCUGGAAAACGAAGACAUUGGCAGUGAAGCUAAGAAAUUAACUUGCAGAGCUUGUAAGAAUAUAUUAACUCUCGGAGAUCAGCAGAAAUUACUAUUGGAGUUGGAGAGAGAUCCAUCGGUGGUCACAGAUUUGGUUGAAUACAAUCCAAUGAUUGCCAUAGAAAUAUUACUUAAACUCAUGCAGGGCUCCAGUCAGAUAACGGAGUACUUCUCAGUCCUGGUCAACAUGGAGAUGUCAUUGCACAGCAUGGAAGUCGUUAACAGAUUAACAACUGCUGUGGAGCUUCCAACUGAGUUUGUCCAUCUGUAUAUAUCCAACUGUAUCUCAACCUGUGAAACUAUGAAGGAUAAAUAUAUGCAAAACCGGCUGGUUCGGUUAGUUUGUGUUUUCCUGCAGAGUCUGAUUCGAAACAAGAUAAUCAACGUUGGGGAACUUUUUAUUGAAGUUCAAGCCUUCUGUAUAGAAUUCAGCAGAAUUCGUGAAGCUGCGGCACUCUUCCGUCUUCUCCGGCAACUGGAUAGUGGAGAAUUGGAACAUCAGGGAACCACAGUUCCUCCACAACCACAGAAAUAGAGUUCCAAGGGACCACUGUUCCUCCACAUCCACAGAAAUAGAGUUCCAAGGAACCACAGUUCCUCCACAACCACAGAAAUAGAGUUCCAAGGGACCACAGUUCCUCCACAACCACAGAAAUAGAGUUCAAAGGGACCAUAGUUCCUCCACAAUCACAGAAAUAGAGUUCCAAGAAACCAUAGUUCCUCCGCAACCACAGAAAUAGAUUUCCAAGGAACCACAGCUCCUCCACAUCCACAGAAAUAGAGUUCCAAGGAACCACAGCUCCUCCGCAAUCACAGAAAUAGAUUUCCAAGGAACCACAGCUCCUCCACAUCCACAGAAAUAGAGUUCCAAGGAACCACAGUUCCUCCGCUGC